AAAUCCACAAAAAUAAACCACAUCAUCAUGGCAGCAAAGAGAAUGGAUUUAAAUAAGCGCACUUUCCUGGUGCUCAGCGGCACCUCGAAUCCUCUGGGCCAGUCCUUGGCUUUGGAGUUCUGCAAGCGUCUGGGCACCGGAUCCCUGGCCCUAAUCCUGGACGAAGAUGACCAGAAGCUGAUGAAAGUGAAGGACCUCCUUCGGAACGAACUGAAAUCGAAGACUGUCACAAUAAAAACUGGCCAGCUCGACGAAAAUCACUCGAAUGGCUACCUUCUGAUGAACCAGAUCUUGGAGGAGGCGAAGGAUAUGCGCUUCGAACGAUCCAUCGUCCUGCACAACGAGGGCGAGACCGCCACCGAAGUCCUUUUGGAGCCGCAGACCUCCCAGGAGUGGCAGCUGUACGUCCGGAAGCAGCUGUACGGACCCGUGGCGUUGAGCCAGAAAUGGCUGCAAUCCAAGUACCUGGAGAAUGUCGAGAAGCUGGCCGUGAAUGUGACCUCGUCCUUGUUGGUGCGACCACUGAUCUACGGUGGUCUGCUCUGCUCCUGUAAGCGGGCCAGGGACAUGUACUUCCGGGCCAUGGCCGCCGAGGAGUCCCGCUCCGGAGUGAGCGUUCUCAGCUUCUCCCCCGGCCUGAUGGCCGAACACCAGACCCAGUGCGACGUAAACGGAAACGAGAUCCGGGUGGAGGAUGUGGUAGCUAGCAAGAAGCUGCUCCAGCUACCCAGGAUCCAGCCGGUGCAGGCCACCUUGAAGCUGCUCAACAUUCUGGAGGAGAUCUCCUUUGUCUCCGGCCACGAUGUCGACUACUACGACACCUUUGUUUUAUGAGUAGCAUCCAGGCGGUGGGCUGCGUCACUCCUGGACACGGUUCUGUACUCGGUCGACGAUUUGGACAAUGUUUGUGACUUGAUUGCCUUGGAAAUGAAUAAACUCUGGCUGCUGACCCUCAUCCUGAUCCUGGACGUGCUCGAAACCGAUGCACACGAAAAGGAAAACGAAAACCAAA